GGUGUAACGACUAUGAUUUUAAGUCACCGGUAAUCACACGAGGAACAUCUCACGCACAUCUUUCCCCGGACGUCAUGUCGUGGCCAGUUAUCGUUGUGACAGGUGCAAACAGCGGCGUUGGUUUGGGAAUUUGCCAGCGUCUACUUGUUCAACUAAUAUCCAAAUCCCCAACAGACGCCCAACCUCAUUACAAUUUCCACGUCCAAAAAACGACAACCAGCGACGCCUCUCUCGAUGGGUUGACCCUAAUUCUUGCUUGUCGCAGUAGACAACGAGGAGAGGCUGCUCGCGACCAAUUGUACCAGUUUGCCGACGAACAAGUUCGUCACCAGGAAAUACUUCCAGGAUACGAUGGACAUGCCGAGACCUUUAGAAAACACCUUACCAUUGUGGUCCAUACCGUAGACUUGUCGCGCAUUCAAACGGUAUUCAGAUUCGCUGACGAAGUCAUCAAAACGUACCCAUAUGUCUCGCAUCUCAUUUGUAAUGCAGGAGUCGCUUCUUUCGUCAGCAUCAAUUGGCUUUUAGCUCUCAAGCAAUUCACCAUGAACUGGGUUGAGGCCGUGACAGCUCCUAUAUUCUACACGCAAGAAGUUGGACAACUCAGUCAAGACGGGCUAGGAUGGGUAUGGCAGUGCAACGUCUUUGGACACUAUGUCCUGUUUCGAUCCUUGAAAUCCCACCUAGCAAAAUACCAAACGUCUACUGGUGCCCGCGUGAUUUGGAUGUCAUCUCAUGAAUCAAACCCAAUCUAUUACGAUCCUACAGACUGGCAGUUGGUCAAAACCGCGCAUUCAUACGAAAGCUCAAAAUUCCAGAUGGACUUGAUCGCCCAUCGACUGGAUCAGGCGUCACUCCAAGACUCUGACACGUUACCCACGCGACACCUGAUAGUACUACCUGGUGUAGCUGGCACAAACAUCGCCAGCGCUCUUUUGGAUACUUUCUCAUCAAUGUGCAUGUUCUUUGCUUUCUAUCUCGCUCGUUUUCUUGGAUCUCCAUACCACCUCAUAACUGGAUUCAAGGCAGCCAUCUCUGCAGUACAUCUCUGCUUAGUGCCGUUGGCUUGCCUUCCUACAGUUAGCUCGACAGAUUUUGACGAUUCAGACCCUACAGCUAAGGUUGAAGUGGGCUUCCGUUAUGUCUCAGAAUGUGACAGAUGGGGCAAAGAGCGUGUUGGUACGAUGAAGUUGACGCGUUCCAAAGAGCACAACAACCAGUGCGAUGACCUCUUGGAACAUUGCGAUCGGCUUUUUACAGCAUUUUGUGAAGCGGAGGGACGUCCAUUACAUUCUUAACGAGCUCACCAGAUAUAUUUGGACAAUAAUUAU